ACCAUGCAAAUGCAGAAUACUGGAAUAUAAAUGACUCAGGAAGACAUUUUCAUCAAAUCCAAAGACUCCUGUUCCACACUCCAGUCCAGCAGGAGGCGGUAAAGCAACAACAAAUAAGUUUCAUAACCGCCAAAAAACUGAAGAAGAAGAGGAAGUUGACAAACCGAAAGCGUCAAAGAGCUCACCUCAUGUUCCUGCUGCACAAGAGCAUCUGUACUUCUGCAUGUGAUGGUCAGCGGCUGAUUGUUUCCUCAAAGCUCUGCUAAUGUCUGCAUUGGUGUUUUAGCUGCAGUAUGGCAGAGGAGCGAGUAAAGGACUCUCUCUCAGAGAAACACAGGGUGAGAUCAGGAUCAUGCGUGUCUCUGAAGAGUGACCGGUCUAAAGAACAUGAUCCACCAACCUUCAGAGAAAAAACACCAUCGUCUGCCAUCAGCGUAAGAUCAGGAUCAUGUGUGUCCAGCUCUGUGUCUCUGAAGAGUGACUGGUCAAAAAAUCAUCCACCAAACUUCAGUGAGGAAACCUCAUCAUCUGCUGAAAGUGAUGAAUAUGAGACAGCAGAUUCAGGAGACGAGACUCACAGGAGACACAAGAGCUUCACUGACAAUCUCCAGUGGAUCUUUCAGAAUCUUGAGAGUAAAAUGUUCAGAUUUCUGAAGAAUGAACUGGAGAAAUUUAAGAAAAUCUUACAGGAAGAAAACAGUCAAGAGUUUGUAAAGGAGUUUAAUGAGAACAGAAGCAGAAUCACAGAAGCAGCUCUUGAUCUCACACUCUUCUUCCUGAGAGAGAUGAAGCAAGAUCAAGCUGCUGAUACUCUUGAGGAUGAGCUGUUCUUCAUCAAUCAGCUUAAAUGUAGCCUGAAGAAGAAAUAUCAAAGUGUGUUUGAAGGAAUUGCUCAGCAAGGAGACUCCACCCUUCUGAAUAACAUCUACACAGAUCUCUAUAUCACUCAGGGUGCGAGUGAACAGGUCAACACUGAACAUGAGAUCAGACAGAUUGAAGCUGCUUCCAGACGUCAUCAGUCACUAGAGAUACAGGUUGAAUGCAAACAUUUGUUUGAAGCACCUGAACAAGACGAGCAGAUCAGAACUGUCCUGACAAAAGGAGUUGCUGGCAUUGGGAAAUCAGUCUCUGUGCAAAAGUUUGUUCUGGAUUGGGCUGAAGGAAGAGAAAAUCAAGACAUCAGCUUCAUAUUUCCUCUUCCAUUCAGAGAGAUCAACUUAAAGGAGAAAGAAAGACAAAGUUUAAAAGACCUCAUAACUCAGUUUUUCCCAGAGACUAAAGGACUGGACCUUACAAGAAGCACACGAUUCAAAGUCCUGUUCAUCCUUGAUGGAUUGGAUGAAUGUCGUCUUCCUCUGAACUUUGCUGGUAAUGAGACGUGUCGUGAUGUAUCUUCAGCAGUCUCACUGGAUGUUCUCCUGACGAACCUCAUCAAGGGAAAUCUGCUUCCUUCUGCUCUCAUCUGGAUCACCAGCAGACCAGCAGCUGCCAGUAAGAUUCCUGCUGACUGUAUCGACCGGCUGACAGAGAUACGAGGAUUCAAUGAUGCCCAAAAGGAGGAGUACUUCAGAAAGAGACUCACAGAUCAGAAUCAGGCCAGAGAAAUCAUUGAUCACAUUAAACAGUCAAAGAGUCUCUUUAUUAUGUGCCACAUCCCAGUCUUCUGCUGGAUUUCAGCCACUGUUCUCCAGAACAUAUUAAAACUGAAACACAGGGCUAACGCCGAAACACUGCAGGAAUCACCCACGACUCUGACACAGAUGUACACACACUUUUUCCACUUUCAGAUCCAGCAGAGCAGAAGAAAGUAUGAUGGAGAAAACACACCAGAUGUCUCCUGGGAUCCAAACCUCAUCCUUUCACUGGGGAAACUGGCCUUCCAGCAGCUGGAAAGAAACAAUGUGAUCUUCUAUGAGAGCGAUCUGAAAGACUGUGGCAUUGACGUCUAUAAGGCAUCGGUGUACUCAGGCAUGUGUACCCAGAUCUUUGAGGAGACGGGAAUCAUUCUUAGUACCAUGUACUGCUUUCUUCACUUAAGCAUUCAAGAGUUCAUUGCAGCCCUUUAUCAACAUCUGUUUCUAGACAUCAACAGGAAACGAGCAGAAAAAAACAGAAAUGUGUCCAUGAUUGUUUUGCUGAAGACUGCAGUGGACAAGGCUCUGAAAAGUGAGAAUGGACAUCUGGACCUUUACCUUCGCUUCCUUCUCGGUCUGUCACUCCAGUCCAAUCGACAACUCUUACAAGGCCUGUUGACACGGCAGGAUGACAGAGACCAGAGCAAAAAGAAAAUAAUUGCGUACAUCAAGAAGAAACUUGAAGGCAAUCUGUCUCCAGAGAGAUCCAUCAAUCUGUUCUACUGUCUGAAUGAACUGAGCGACCAAACUCUGCUGAAAGAGAUUCAGUCUCACCUCAGUAGAGGAAGUCUGUCACCUGCUGACCUUUCACCUGCCCAGUGGUCUGCUCUGGUCUUUGUGUUGUUGACCUCAGAGGAGGAGCUGGAGGAGUUUGAGCUUCAGAAAUUCCAGAGAUCAGACGAGUGUCUCAUCAGACUAUCAGCAGUCAUCAAAUCCUCCAAAAGAGCUCAGCUACAGGGCUGUAAACUCACUGUUCGGGCCUGUGAGAGUUUGUCUUCAGCUCUACAAUCUUCAAACUGUGUCCUGAGAGAGCUGGAGCUGAGUAACAAUGACCUGCAGGAUUCAGGAGUGAAGCUUCUCUCUGAUGGACUGAAGAGUCAACAAUGUAAACUGGAGACACUGAGGUCUGAGUUUAAACACCUGAUUGAUUGAUUAAUUGAUUGAUUGCUUGAUUGAUUGCGUUUUUGUUUUGUUACAUCAGACAGAUCACAUUAAAGCUGCGGUCACACUGGGCUGUGUGUGUGCUAAAUUCUGUCGUACGGCGCUGUGAAUAGGGGCGGGAUUAAACAUGCUUAUUAGACAUUUAAAAAAGCGAGCGAUUGCUCUGUUUUAAAUUUCUGCCCAGAGAGGUCGUGUUUUGAUCCUCAAUUGGUCUCAUAAAGUCAAGUGAUGCGAUUUCACAGGUUAUAGUUCACCAAGCUUGAACUUUGCACUGCAGAACCUGCGAAACUCGACGCAUGACCCUGCAUUUCCGCAUUCGCGUGCGUAUGAAUGGAAGUCUAUGGGAGGAAAAGCCCAGUGAGACCGCAGCUUAACAGUGUGGUUUUUAGUAAUGUGUGCUCUUUCUCAGAUUGGUCAUGUGUAAUCUCACUGUUCAGUCCUGUGAGAGUUUGUCUUCAGUUCUUCAGUCGUCAAACUGUGUCCUGAGAGAGCU